AUGGAGGAAAGCAACUGGAAACCCUACGCCGUCCACCAGUUACCUCUGUGGUGCUCGAUGGCCACAGUCUUUCUCAUCUUCCUCCACAGCGGGGCUAGGGUUUUGGGUAACGCUCAAGUCCCCGCCUUGUUCGUGUUCGGGGACUCGCUGGUAGACAACGGGAACAACAAUGGCCUCACCUCCGUAGCCAAGUCCAACUACUACCCCUACGGAGUAGAUUUCUACCAAGGCCCCACGGGGAGGUUCUCCAAUGGAAGAACCAUCGUCGAUGUGCUCUGUAACCAAUCCUCCUCUCCACGUUUCAUAAUCGCAGUCUCUUCAGGAUCAGCAGGCUUGAUUGAUUAUUCUGUCCUUCGCAGGUGACGCGUUCAACCUUCCCUACCUUCCCCCGUACAUGUCUCCGACCCUCAACGGGACCCAGCUCCUCGCCGGCGUUAACUAUGCGUCGGCCGCCGCCGGUAUACUCGAAGAAUCGGGCCAAUUCCUCGUAUUCUCUUUGCCCCCACCCUCUCUUCCUGCAUGAUUUCUCAAGUAUGUUUUUGUUUCUACGUCACGUAAUGUCGGCGCCUCUGCCUGGUUGGUGCAUGUUCCAAGGGGGAGAGAUUCGACCUGAGCGAGCAGGUGCUGAACUUCCAGAGCAACCUCGAACAACUGAGGAUGGUGCUGGGCGGCGUGAGGAUGCUCAGUCAGUUCUUGGCCAGUUCCAUCGUCGUGAUGAUCAUCGGCAGCAACGACUACAUCAACAACUACCUCCUCCCGUCCCUCUACUCCUCGAGCUACAACUACUCCCCGGAGGACUACGCCGAUCUGCUGCUCAAUCGCCUCACUCGGCAGCUCCUGGUAUGUUUCUGUGGAGCUUCUCCUUUGAGACUUUUUAUAGCCCCUACCUGCUCAAAAUAACGACGCUCCCCCUGCAGGCACUGCACAGCGUUGGCCUACGGAAGUUCCUCGUCGCAGGGUUGGCGCCGCUAGGCUGCAUCCCGAGCCAGAGGACGGCGGCGCUCGCUCCCCCGGGUCGGUGCGCUGACCGCGUGAACGAGAUCGUCGGCUUCUUCAACCGCGGCCUGCGGGAGCUGGUCGAACAGCUGAACGACGCCCACACCGAUGCAACCUUCGUCUACGGCAAUACCUACGCCGCCGUAGGGGACAUCCUCAACAACCCAUCCGCCUACGGUGAGUGAGGAGGAGGAAGAAGAACAAGAAGAAGAUGGGGGUUUCUCUGCCCUUCUCCUUGUGCUUUCUGAAAACAAGGGUCUGAAGAGUAGAUUCGAUUUGGUUGCAGGGUUCAGGGUGGUGGACAGGGCUUGCUGUGGGAUAGGGAGGCAGCAGGCGGAGAUCACCUGCUUACCUCUCGCUACGCCGUGCGCCAACCGGAGCGAGUACGUUUUCUGGGACGCCUUCCACCCUUCAGAGGCGGUCAACGCGGUCCUCGCGCAGAGGGCACUUGACGGCCCGCCCUCUGACUGUUUCCCCGUCAAUCUCCGGCAGCUGGCCCUGCUGCCCAGCUGA